AUGGCUGAUGCCCAGAACAUUUCGCUGGACAGCCCAGGGAGUGUGGGGGCUGUGGCAGUGCCUGUGGUCUUUGCCUUCAUCUUCCUCCUGGGCACAGUGGGCAACGGGCUGGUGCUAGCGGUGCUGCUGCAGCCCGGCCCGAGUGCCUGGCAGGAGCCGGGCAGCACUACGGAUCUAUUCAUCCUCAACCUGGCAGUGGCCGACCUCUGCUUCAUCCUGUGCUGCGUGCCUUUCCAGGCUGCCAUCUACACACUGGACGCCUGGCUCUUUGGAGCCCUCGUGUGUAAGGCCGUGCACCUGCUCAUCUACCUCACCAUGUACGCCAGCAGCUUCACGCUGGCCGCCGUCUCAGUGGACAGGUACCUGGCCGUGCGGCACCCGCUGCGCUCGCGGGCCCUGCGCACCCCGCGCAACGCCCGCGCCGCCGUGGGCCUCGUCUGGCUGCUGGCGGCGCUCUGCUCGGCGCCCUACCUCAGCUACUACGGCACGGUGCGCUACGGCGCGCUCGAGCUCUGCGUGCCCGCCUGGGAGGACGCGCGCCGCCGCGCCCUCGACGUGGCCACCUUCGCCGCCGGCUACCUGCUGCCCGUGGCCGUGGUGAGCCUGGCCUACGGGCGCACGCUGCGCUUCCUCUGGGCGGCCGUGGGCCCCGCGGGCGCGGCGGCGGCCGAGGCCCGGCGCAGAGCCACGGGCCGCGCGGGGCGCGCCAUGCUGGCGGUGGCCGCGCUCUACGCCCUCUGCUGGGGCCCGCACCACGCGCUCAUCCUGUGCUUCUGGUACGGCCGCUUCGCCUUCAGCCCGGCCACCUACGCCUGCCGCCUAGCCUCGCACUGCCUCGCCUACGCCAACUCCUGCCUCAACCCGCUCGUCUACGCGCUCGCCUCGCGCCACUUCCGCGCGCGCUUCCGCCGCCUGUGGCCCUGCGGCCGCCGCCGCCGCCACCGCGCUCGCUGCCCCCCGGGCGCGCGCCGCGCCCUCCGUCGCAUCGGCCCGGCGUCCUCCGGCCCUGCCGGCUGCCCCGGGGACGCCUGGCCUCGCGGGAGGCUGCCGGCGGGCGGCGGCUGGGACGGGCAGCCCGCGGGGGAGCCUGCCCGCGGCGGAGAGGCUGGACGAGCCCUGUCUGUCCGAGGACCGGAAUAA